AUGACGAAAAACUUAGAGAAAACCGUCUACGCUGGUUACGGACACAUGAUGAGACAGGAUGAUGACCAUAUGACUAAAAGAGUUAUGAACAUAGAAGAGGGGAAGAAAGGCCGUGGACGACCACCAAUAACCUGGCUGCAAACACUAAAAAACGACCUGAAAUCUACUAACAUAUCAAAAAGGACAACCCACAAUCGCACGAUGUGGCGCAAGAUUACUAGGAGGGCUGACUCCAAUAAAAUGGGACAAUAG